GUUUCCACAGACAGCGGCACAGCAGCCUAAUAUGAUUAUUGCGCUAUUAGCUCAGUGCAGGAGGCAGCCACAGAUAGACUGUGGGCAACUCUGGAGGGAGGUCGCGAGAAGCUCAGGCUCAUCCCUGCACUUUGAAAGCAAUGCGCCAUGAGAACCGUUUUGGCACACCAGUUUGUCCAGCAUCGACUUUCUCGGGAAUUAAGUUAUUGUCAGGUUAACCUUAUUUUGGAAAUUCCAGUUAAACGAAGAGAGUUCGAAUUGAUAACGGGGAAAAUGACUGAUUCUGCCACAUGUCCAGCUGACUUAUGACUGAAGGCGAGUUUUAUGCUUCCUGUUAAUCAAACUCUGGAGUCCUUGCUAACCUGUGAGACAUAAUGGACCCCUUCUAAUAAGGUCACACGAUUUUCCCUUGGGAAGCAGAAGUCCAUAAUGGGGUGUGACAAUGUGACUAAUGGAAGUGUUCCUGGAGGCCCACCUUACAGCAUCGAGCUCUCCUUACCCCUGACAGUGCUUGUGGGACUGCUAAUCCUCUUGACAGUAUUUGGAAAUGUUCUUGUCGUCAUCGCCGUGUUUACAAGCCGGGCCCUCAGAGCCCCCCAGAACUUGUUCUUGGUCUCUUUGGCGUCAGCUGACAUCUUGGUGGCCACCCUCGUCAUGCCAUUCUCGCUGGCAAACGAACUGAUGGGCUACUGGUACUUUGGCAAAGUGUGGUGUGAGAUCUACCUGGCUCUGGAUGUGCUCUUCUGCACCGCAUCCAUAGCCCACCUGUGUGCCAUCAGCCUGGACCGCUACUGGUCCAUCACCCAGGCCAUCGAGUACAACUUGAAGCGCACGCCCCGCAGGAUCAAAUGCAUCAUCGUCAUCGUGUGGGUCAUCGCCGCCGUCAUCUCCUUCCCGCCCUUGAUCACCAUGGAGAAGGAGAGCGACAAGGAAGACGGGCCCAUGUGCAAGAUCAACGACGACAAGUGGUACAUCAUCUCCUCCAGCAUCGGCUCCUUCUUCGUGCCCUGCAUCAUCAUGAUCCUGGUUUACAUCCGCAUCUACCAGAUCGCCAAAAAGAGGACCAGGGCCCCUCCGGGGGACCGCAGGAAGAAGGAGGCCUACAAGAAGGCCAAUGGCAUCGUGGGUACCGCUGACGGGGGCGAAGACCAUAAGCCGUACCACGAGAAGCCGAAUGGCCAGCAGAAGCCCGAGGAGGAAGUAGUGGUGAUGGGCGAGAAGGGGGACGUCAAUGGCGUGGACAUGGAGGAGUCGUCGUCCUCAGACCACAAGAUGAACAACCCUUGCUCUAUGAAGAAGAAAAAGGCCAAAGGCAAGACCAAGCUGUGCCAGAUCAAACCCGGAGACCACGUCCCCCGGCUGGAGGCCCGCCAGAGCAUCAAGGGGAGCCGCUGGAAGGGCCGGCAGAACCGGGAGAAGCGCUUCACCUUCGUCCUGGCGGUGGUCAUCGGGGUGUUCGUCAUCUGCUGGUUCCCCUUUUUCUUCACCUACACUCUAACGGCCCUUUGUGACUCCUGCUGUGUCCCCUUCACACUGUUCAAGUUUUUCUUCUGGUUCGGUUACUGCAACAGUGCCCUGAACCCUAUCAUCUACACAAUAUUCAACAAUGAUUUCAGGAGGUCCUUCAAGAAAAUCUUGUGCCGGGGUGACAGAAGGCGAGUGGUGUGACGAGUAUGUUACUGACAUUUUUAUGUUUCCACUGGCUGUGCAUAGAUAAAUGGCGUUAGUUCCCCAGUGACAUGUAAUCCUAAUGUGUUGAAAGGCAUUUUGGGAAAGACCCUGUAGGCAUUGAUAUGUUGUGUAUUAUUUGAAAUGUUGCCCUGUGAUAUGAGUCCUGAAACUAUUUUUUUCAAAGCACAUUUUCAAUCACAAUUCAAGUGGUUUUGGUGUAUAGCAUUUUUCUAUUGUUGUGUAAAUGUUUAAAUCACACAGAGGCAUGUUAUGUACUAUUGUAAGAUUCAAGCUAUUUUCAUUGUAUUAAAGUGUAUUUCUCGUUA